CGCGCCCUCUGGGGCUCGUCUGAAGCGAGCUCAGGUGUGUUGCUGCGUCGGGGGCGCGCUUUCUAGUGUGAGUUUCGGUUCCGGCUGUUUUUCUCCGUACAGCAAACGCUGGGAAGAGAAUUUGGGUCUGAGAAUGGGGGAUCCUGGUCCCUAUCCCAGUGAUGGGGAGAGCCGUGCACCAAGGAAACACAAAUCCGAGCAGCGCAGUAGUCGUCCCAACACACGGGACAGUCACUCCGACGUUCAGAACGGCUAUCACAAUGAGAGGGCUCCAAGCAGGGGCCACCAUGAGCGUAGCAAACAUCGGCCCCGAGAAAGAGACGACCAUCAUGGAGACAGGAGGCAAGACAGGCACCGGGAAGACAGGAAUCGGGACCAGUAUCGGGAAAGGGAGGAGCACUAUAGGGACAAGGAGCAGGACAAGAGCAGAGAGAGAUAUAAGGAGAGGGAUAAGCACAGCAGAUAUGAAGCUGACAGGAGCCGGAAUCACUACGAGGAAAGAGACGGCUAUUACAAAGAGAGCAGUCUCCCCCCAUAUGAGGAAAGAGACCAUCAAUACAAAGAGAGAAGCCGAAACCGUUCCGAUGAACAGGAAAGACGUCAAGAGCGUUACUUGCAAAGUGUGGACCGACAGGGACUUCCAAUGAACAAAAAACAGCCAGAAAAUUACUAUUCAUCUGAGAGGUCAUUCCCUACACCUGGUGCCGAGCUGCCGGACCUGGAGUAUUAUGAAGCAGAACCGGAAGGUGGGAUCUUGGAUUGUCACAAAUGCAAAUAUCUGUGCACCGGACGUGCUUGCUGUCAGCUUGUGGAAGUUCUGCUCAACAUGCUGAUCCUGAUAUGCUGCUCCGUGUCCUACAACUCCACCGGGGGCUACACUGGGAUCACUAACCUGGGAGGAAUUUAUUAUUACCAGUUUGGGGGGGCCUAUAGCGGCUUUAGCGGUGCAGAUGGAGAUAGGGCUCAGGAGCUAGACGUCCAGUUUUACAAUCUGAAGCUUCCCACAGUCACUGCUUCCAUGGCCUUUGGGGGCGCAUUAAUGGCUUUCAGUUGCCUCAUGGUCCUCCUUGGUGUUCUCAGAGUCCCGUGGCACUGGCCAAUAUGGCUGUUGGUGGAGUGCGGGUUGGACAUUGUCAUUGCUGUGGGCUACAUGCCGGCCCUGUAUUUCUACUUCAAGCACCUACAGGACGCUUAUAAUUCUCAGGUUUGCAAAGACCGCGAGGCUCUGUAUAGCGGCAAGGGCUACCAAGGCUUUAGCUGCGCCUUACAUGGGGCUGACAUUGCUGCCGCCCUCUUUUCUUGCAUGGCCAUCAUAGCCUUUUUCAUGAGCGCUGUGCUCGCCAUUAAGGGUUUCCGAAGAGUCCGCCGCCAGAAAAAGAAGCCAGUAAACCCCCUUGAAUUCUAGUCCAUGUCUCUUUUACCCCCCACACCUUGUUGUCUAAGUCUUGUAAAUACAUGUUACAUGUUAUACGGUGUAUUGUGCAGCUUUGUUUUUAAGAAUCUGUAUAAAAUAAAAACUUACAUACA